AGUUCGUGACGAAGCAGAGUCGCGACCGGUCACGCGAGCCGUUUGCGUUUGAGUAGGCGAGUAUCGCGCGCGUCGCGUUCCCCGCGUUUUCGUCGUGCUUCUUCUUUUCUGCUUCGCUUGCUGCAAAGAAGAAUCGCCCGAUACGAUUUCGCGUACGUUGUUUAUGAACAUACAUGUGUGCAACGCGCGCGAGUGAGUGUUCGCAGUGUUGAUCGCGUUGUGCAUUGAAUUUAGCAGCACUUGGAUUAUCGCCGGCCCGACGACAAAAGACGUUCCAACGACUGCACGAAUCCCACAUGUAAUCUUCGAAAUCGGAAGGAACACACGAGACACACGUACCGACGAGAUAUGCCGAAGAUUCGUCCAAAUAUUUUCCUACGAAGACAUUUUGUGUACGAAAUGCAUUUUCCGUGAUUCGAAAUUUACGAUGUCGCGCGUAAUGUAAAAUUGAAAAAAUUGACGAUGAAAAAAUCUUCGUGAGAAAAAUGCAACGUGUUGUGAAAACUGAUGAAAAAGGACGGCCUGUUUUAUAAAUGAUCGAUUAAACAUCGCACACGCGCAUCGCUGUGAAAAUCGAAGAUUAUUUUUCCGAUGGGGACUGGUGGCGAUGUUCAAAAACGAGUUUUUGAGCAGGACACGGAACUACGCUAGAGCUGUUAGAAAAAGGACUGUGACAUAGUCUUGCGGGCUAUUAUGACGGACUAUUUGGAUCCACAUUUUGUUCGGGCUCUCUGCCGUGAUCCAGAAAGACGGACCCUUCAGGAUCUACAGGUUAUAUACUAUGGUCUAUUGGGUUUGGAGGCGUUGCGUCCGUGUAGAGAUUCCAUUCUUCGCGGACUCUGCAAGAUCGUGCGUUACGAGAGACACCAUGCAAACCAUGUCCUCUAUUACACCGGCGAGCUGGCCACAAGUUGGUAUAUACUACUCUCCGGUUCCGUGUUCAUUGAUGGAUCCAUGUUUCUGCCCCGUUCAAGCUUCGGGAAGCGGACGGGUGGCAGUGCCAGAAGACCCAACGAAUGUUUCGUCCUCGAGCCCUCCGAGAUGAUUGUCAUCGAUUACCCGGAAGUUCAUGGCGGAGUAAGGAUGCAUCGACCACCGCACCCCCACCCCAUAACCGACCAUCGUCAGGUCAACCUGGUCUUCGAUGACACGUUCUCACAAGGCCUGACAGGCCGGCCAGAGCUGUAUCAGAAAUCAAACAGAAGCAGCCAUUCAAGUGACACAAGUUCAGCAUAUAGUGGAUCUGACACCAUGACGUCUGUACAGAGUUCAUUAGACGCGGAUCCUGACGAGGUGGAUCUCUCAGGUCUUGUGGAGUCCAUCGUUGACAGUGAUGAGGAAGAGGAUCUUGCAGAAAGCAUGGAUAGUUUAACAGUGCGCGAUCCUGUACGAGAAUGUUUAGAGAAGGACCCUGUGGAGAGAACGGAGGAUGACAUCGAGACACUUUUAGAAUUCACGCAACAAUUGAAGGCUUUUACAAACAUGACUCUGGCUGUUAGAAGAGCGCUAUGCGCUGUGAUGGUAUUCGCGGUGGUCGACCGUGCCGGUAUGGUGGUCCUAAAUGACGGUGAAGAGCUCGACAGUUGGAGCGUGUUGAUUAACGGUGCUGUCGAGAUCGAGCACAGCAAUGGCGAAAUUGAACAACUUGGCCUUGGAGAUAGCUUCGGUAUCUUGCCUACUAUGGAGAGGCUGUUACAUCGCGGAGUUAUGAGAACAAAGUGCGACGAUUGUCAAUUUGUUUGCGUCACACAAGCGGAUUACUUUCGAAUUCAGCAUCAAGGCGAAGAGAAUACCAGGAGACAUGAAGAGAACGGAAGGGUGAUCCUAGUGACUGAACUACGAGGGGCUUUGGAUGGCGCUGCACGAAGGGGUCACGUGGUUAUUCGGGGAACGCCGGACCGUUUGAUGUUACAGCUUAUUGAAGAAAACAGUAUUACGGAUCCUACUUACGUGGAGGAUUUCUUAUUGACUCAUCGAACGUUCAUCGAUAGCCCGUUGUUAGUCGCAAGUCAGUUGCUGGAGUGGUUCGAUCAAGCGCAAGUGCGUGAUCGCGUUGCUCGCGUUGUCCUCUUAUGGGUGAAUAAUCAUUUUACCGAUUUCGAGACUGAUCCGGCAAUGAUGGAAUUUUUGGAAGCCUUUGAAACUGGACUGGAAAGAGAAAAAAUGUUAGGACAACAAAGGUUAUUAAAUAUUGCAUGCGCGGCGAAAGCGAGAACGCGGAACGUAACAUUAGCCAGGCCAAACAGGGACGAAGUCCUGAAUUUUAGUAUCUUAGGAGGAUUUGAAAGAGGUUUCGGUAUAUUUAUCUCGAAAGUUGAUAAGAGAUCUAAGGCUGAAGACGUUGGUUUAAAAAGGGGCGACCAGAUUUUAGAAGUAAAUGGCCAAAGUUUCGAGCAUGUGAAUCAUGCGAAGGCUCUCGAUAUCCUGAGAGCUUCCACACAUCUCAGUAUAACCGUAAAAUCUAACUUGCUUGCUUUUAAGGAAAUGCUUCAAAUGCCAGAUAAUUCUCCAAGACCACGAGGCAGAGCAAAUAAGCCCGAAUUACCCAGGCUUCCGUCGGAUCCACGUGCUAGGCUGUCGACGCACGUGGAUCCCUUGACUCCCGUGAAUCCUCUAAACCCCUUGAUCGGUGGAGUACCGUUGUUAAUCCCGGACAACAAUGUGUCGCCAUGUAAAGAUGCCAAAAAAGAGCACAAGGGAUUCAUGACUCUUGGACCUAAGCGACGAUUACAAAAAGCACUCAUGAAAAUGAACAUACUGCCAAAGAACACGAUCAACGACGGUGUACAUGUGGAUGAUCCCCUUGCGCCACCGCAUACACCACCGGGAACAGGGCUUACUCAAACCACCACCAAUCUAUAUCACUCGAAGAGUAAUCCUGAUCUUACGUCGCUUUAUUGUUACGACGAUUUAAGAGCGAACGAUUAUCCUGAGCACGUACUCAAGGUGUACAAAGCCGAUCAAACCUGCAAAUAUCUUCUUAUUCACAAAGAAACAACGGCGCACGAGGUGGUGAUGCUCGCACUUCAAGAAUUCGGUAUUACGGAAAGUAGUUCGAACUUCUCUCUGGCGGAAGUGAGCGUCGGCGAAGGUGGAAUGAUCAAGCAACGUAGAUUGCCAGAUCAAUUGCAGAAUCUCGCGGAACGUAUCGGAUUGAGUUCUCGAUACUACUUGAAAACCAACGGAAUUUCCGAAACUUUAGUAGCCGACGAUCAAGCUCCCGAACUUAUCCGAGAGUCUCAAGUACAUUUUCUGCAAUUGAAUGCCGUGGAAGUGGCGAUACAACUGACUCUACAAGACUUCAGUAUAUUCAGACAAAUUGAGUCCACGGAAUACGUGGAUGAUUUGUUUGAAUUGAAGAGCAGGUACGGCGUGCCUAUGCUCAGUCAGUUUCAAGAGCUAGUCAACAGGGAAAUGUUUUGGGUUGUAACGGAAGUUUGUUCCGAACAUAAUCUCGUGCGGCGCAGUAAGAUUAUAAAGCAAUUCAUUAAGAUAGCACGUCAAUGCAAGGAGUGCAAAAACUUCAAUUCCAUGUUCGCGAUAGUGUCUGGUUUGGGCCAUGGCGCAGUGUCGAGAUUAAGGGCUUCGUGGGAAAAACUGCCAACCAAAUAUCAGAGAUUAUUCAGUGAUUUACAGGAGUUAAUGGAUCCCAGUCGCAAUAUGAGUAAAUACCGGCAGUUGGUGGCAUCUGAACAAACGCAACCACCGAUAGUGAGUCAUCUUUAUAACGAAUAAAAUAUUUUUUUAUUGAUAUUUCAAAGCUUGGUAAACUUCGAGAAACUCAGGAUGAUCGCGAAGGAAGUGAGAACGCUAACAAAUAUGUGUUCUUCACCCUAUGAUUUACUAACGAUGCUGGAGAGAGGCGGUCAACCACCGAGUUCUGCGAUGGUUGCGUUGAAUCAAAUGACUACUGGCAAUCAAGGCGGCCAAACUGCAACGGUGAAACGACGAAAGAAAUCCACGGCUGCUCCGAAUCCGAAGAAAAUGUUUGAGGAAGCGCAGAUGGUUCGAAGAGUGAAGGCUUAUCUUGCGAACAUGAAAGUGAUCACGGAUGAGGAACGACUGCAUCAACUUUCCGUUGACUGCGAGCCGCAUGCAGGAGCGGUCGCGGUUGCCGCGGCGGUACCUCUGGGUGGCAGUCGAGGAAGAAGGCACCCGUCGCCUACUUUGUCGACUACCAGUAGCGCCAGUAGUACCAGUGAAGGCAGAAAGAGUAUACAAGGUACAAAAUUUGGUGCCGCGUCGCCACAGGCGGUGAGAAAGAUGCUGGCUCUAUCAGAUCCUCACAAGACACGACCGUACCAACCUAAGCACUGUCCACCGCCGUUACCUGUCCCGGGGCUGGCGUUGCAUUCGAGCGGUUUGGAGCCUAGUCCAGGCGCGCCUAGAAGAGUAGGAUCCGGCAGUAGGGUGCCGAUGCAUGAACGAUCCCACAGUGACACCCCUGCCAGUCUACCGCCACCUGUCGAUCUUAGCGCGGAAAGUAGUAGCGUAACUAGCUUGAGCAAUCUCCAGCCACUGAGGAAAACCUUGACAAGUGGUUCGGUGACGAGCAGUGACAGUGGUCAUAGCACUCAGCUGGACAGCCACAGCGGGAGCAGCGUGGAAGCGGGCGGCAGCCCACCGCCACCGCAAAGACGGCAUUCCGCUCUGCAAGGGUCUGUUAUAAGAGGCGGGGCACCUCCAUUCCCUCAGGCGGUAGCAGUAUUACCUCCGCUUCCUGCCAAUCAGAAUCACAACCACAAUCAUCAUCACCACCAUCACCACCACCAACAUUAUUACGAUCAUCAUCAUCAUCACCACCAACCCCCAACUCCUCAAGGUACUACGGGAUUAGGAGUAAACAUGGGCCUAGGGAUGUCAGCCUCGCUGCCACCGCCUGGAGCGGGCACUACGACCAUAAUGACGUCGAUGGGCACCAUAGCGGGCAACAUGACGUCGUCGAUCGCAACGAUGCGGCCCGGCAUGAGUAACACGCCGCAGUGCCGUCAACCACCGGCGUACAAAGUCGCGCAACAGAUGGCGAGAUUGCACAGACUCGGUCGUGCUAACAGCCACGAGGGGGUUACUUAUCGGGGCACCGAUCACGAAGAUGAUGACGAAGACGCCCAAGUGUCGGCGGUUUAAGUGGUCCAUGAGUUUCGCCGAGUUUCGGUUAUUCCGUUUAGUUAAUUUCGUCAUACCAUUUCUUUGACACGGUCAAAAGAGAAAUCGUUUCCACAAAGCGAUGCCACGUGCGAACCAUUACGAAAAAAGAGAACGGCGGGGGAAGAACGGCGAGUCACGAUCGAAUCUUCCCGCAAUGGCGAAUAUCGUUUUACAUUCGUAACGAGUAGCAUCCCCUGAUUUUGAUCGUGUAUUCAAUAACCGAUUUAAUACGACACUUCGUUCGUCCUUUGAGCCGCGGGCCAAUUUUUCACGCGAUCGAGACCUACUCACACUUUACUGUAAGGAAAGGCGUUUAUUCUUAUUUAAACAGAGCGGUUGUCUUCCAAGGGUUCCCGUGACAAAACCGUGAAGGAACCAUCGAGAAUCUCAAGCGUCAGAGUAUUUGUACAACGUACCGUCUAUCGGCACUGAAGAACGACAAAUAUAACUGGCGAACGCCGGUAGGCAAGAGAAGGCGAUAUAGGAGAGUACUUUUCUUUUAUUAGACUGAAGGAACACUUCUCGAGUAGAGGCGCUCGUGGGCUCUCACGAGAUGACGAGAGAAGCGAAUUAGACGACAGAGAGAAAGCGAUCGUAAUAUUCUAUAUAAAUGUGUAAUAAAAUCGAGUCCAAAGAUGUUAUAUAUAUAUACUGCGUGUCGCCAGAGAAAGUACGAAUGAUGGCGUGUCCUGUAAUAUAUACUUGGUAGGUUAAUCCUUAGUGUCCUGUAAUAGCAUAUAAGUUGGUGUAAAUAGCAUAGUGUUAAUAAUAUUUAGCGAGGAGAGGAAGCAGAAACUACGAAAGAUGAGACAAAGAUUCCAUGUGAAAUGUUUAGGAUCGUACAGUUGACUGUCAUGUCUAAAUUAAUGACGUUUCGACGUUUACAAGUUUAAGGAACUAAAACGAUUCACUUCUUUAUCAUUGAGAAAAUGGAGACAUUUGCAAUUGUUCUAGAUUUCAUUCGUUUUCGUCUUUAUUCGAAACAGUUUGUUCCAUUUUAAAUGCCUUGCUUUUAGAAGAUUUUUAUUGUCAAUUUCUAGUAUAGAGACAAUUUUAAUUUUACGAGGGAAGUUAAUAGUUUUUAAUGUUGACGUGAUUAAGUACAAAAGGAGGAAAAUUUCUCGAAAAAUUGGUUACCAUCGAGACAACUGUUUUUUACAGCAGCGGAAUCUUUUUUUAAGCGCGCGUCACGAAACUACAUUUCGCUCCAUCUGUUUUUUUUUUUUUUCUUUUACGAAGAACAUAUAAAUUUUAAUUUUAACUCGCAAGUAAGUUAUUAUUUCGCAUCUUUCAAUCUUUAUCUCUUAUCUUCAAUCUUAUCAGGCUUCACGAUUAUUUUAUCGAUAUCGGUAAUUUUAAUUUUAGUUUACUUGCGUAGUCCACAAUGUUCAAAAGAAAUGUUUUCAGAUCGUAUCUCGUAGAAUUCGAAGGCAAGGACAAAAGGAAGGAAAAAAGCAUAACGUUUCUCGCUACUUUACAUGUCUGUCUGUACGAGGGAAAAGCGGUCGGCUUUAUUAUCGUAAGUUUACCCAUGUAUAUUAUAUACACAGACGUAAAUGUGUGUGUGUGUGUGUGUGCGUAUACGCGCGCACACGUACAUACACGCGCAGAUAUAUGCUCUUGUCCAUUUAAAUGUGACUUGAGUCCUUUUACAAGUAUUAUAAAGAAAACUGUAAUUCGCGUGCACGAUAUGUAUCGAUGCGUUAGCAAAGAGGGCCUAAUUACCCGGGCACCGUUUUUGCGAUUGCCAAGUAUGCGGAAAACGAAAGAGCGCGCGCGAAAGAAAAUAAAGGAGAGUGUGAAAGUGUAUGAAUGUUAUGUAUGAGAAAACAAUGGGAAAAGAGAGAGAGAGAGAGAGAAAGAGAGAGUAUCGAGGGUCAACACAGUACUUUUCUGGAUACUCGGAUCUCUAUUAUUAAUUACAUUCCAAACUUCGUCUUGCCGUGUGCUUUCAUCCCUCGAUAUGCCUUCCAUCUCUUAUUAAAAAGAAAAAAAGGAGGAAGUAAGAGCUCUCAAUUAAUAGACUGCCGUUUAGGUAUUACAUUUUUUUUUGUUAAUCGUCUUCUUUUUAUUAAAAGACCAAUCUCGAAAUCCAUGAAGACUGUGUUACUCUUCGACGUAGUGUCCAGUGGUCCCGAAGGAUCGGGCGGGAAAGUGAUCCAGCUCGGUCCUUUGGGACGGGAAAUCAAUAUAUUUACUUCAUAUUCAUAUAUUAUAUCUCUCUUUGUACAUAUCCUAACGACUUUUAAAUAUUAAUAUCUAACGUUCUCGAAGAAAUUUUUAAGCGUAUCUACUGAUAAUUAAGAUUCUUCGUAAUGCAGCAUCAAAACCAAACUAUUUUCUUUUCUUUCUCUCGGUUCUGACAAGUUAUUUUUAUCUUGACAUGUUUUUUUCUUUUGUCAUAUAUCUUUUAAGCGUGUCAGGCUCUACGUCAUUCCAUGUGCAUUUAUAACUUUUGAGCGAGUUUUUAUCGAGAAUUCUGGAUAUGUGUUAGUUUUGUUAUUUUAUUAUUUAUUUCAACUGGUAUAUUGGCAUACUUCAAGAACUUUUAAAUGCAAGAAACCGCUAUUACGAUAAAUUUUUAUGCCACAUCUGUGCAAUAAAAUGUACGAUUUGGAAAUUUUUACGUAUGUGAAAUAAUUGUUCUGGGAUUCUCGGUGGAAAAUCAAAUUUUACGUAUUCCGGUAAAGUUAUAAUAACUUAGGUAACGAUGUACAUUAGUCUCAAACUAACAGAGCCUGGACGCAUUGGUUAACUCUUGUUCUUUUUUUUUAGAAAAAUUCGAUUUGUAAAAAAGAAAAAAAAAACAGUACAAUGCAGCACGCGAGAAUGUUUUCUGAAAACGGAGAUUAAGACGAGUCGUAUCUCCUUCGUCUCUUUCUUUUUUUAUUUAUAUCAUACCUUGUUCUGUUGUUUUAAUUAUUUAUAAUCCCGAGAUAUUCGACUAUAACGCAGACAGCAGGCAACAGAAAAUCUUUUGUAUUUAAUUUGUUUAAUAAAACUUGGAUCAUAGUACAAUGUCUCCCGCCUUUUCAGUUUUCGUUCGUUCAUUGAUCCCAUUACACAACGAGAUCCAUCUCUCCCAUUUGCGUAUUAACGAUUUACAACAGUACAAAAACUAACUAAUACUUUGACAAAAUUCUUCAAGGUAAAUACAUGUAUACAGGUUUCCUCGCGUGAAAUGACUCUGUCGCACGUUUUGAAAAGUAUGAGAAACAGAAAAGCAUUGCGAACAAAAAUGUCUAUGUUUAAGAAAAAUGAGCUAUUUCCGCGCCGGCACAGAAAGGCGUACAUACCGGCACACAUAUGCAUCUAAAAGAUGCCGUAAAGAAAAGAUUAGUACGUCUCUAAAAAGACACGUUAGUGUCUUCUUCAAGAUCUCUCGGAUAUUUCUUGAGUGUCUUUUUAUGCUUUUCUGAAAUUUUAAAAUUAACGUAAAACUAAAAUAUUUCUCCCUACGCUGAUUUUUUUUUAUUUCUAAUAUCUUUCGAAAGAUGCGAUCGUGUCGCUUCACACCCUGUAUUACGAUUUUGUACAUACAUAGAACCAAGUAUCUUUAAGUUUCGAGAUUUGUUUUGAUUAAUAAACCGCUAUGUACGGUAUUUUAUUGAUAACGAUAAGUGCAUCGAAUUUUUCAAUUCAUUUUCAAUACAUUCGUUGAAAAUCGAAGAGCCAGGCGCUUUUCAGAACACAAAGGACCAUAAAGUUUAUUAUAUCACUCUAGCCGUGCGAAUAUGUUUGUCCUUAGAAUAUAUAUACUCGUGCAUUUGAAGAAAGCGCGAGUGCUUUGAUGAACGUUAAUUAUAAUUAAUACCGUGCGUAGCGGAUCAUCUGUUGGAACGAAGUUGAUAGGUGAUAUUACUGCUACUAUUUUGUACGAUACGAUGUUUUGUAUAUCUGUCUACCGUGCGCGUAGAUGCGAAGAGUCUACCGAUUAUUUAUAUAAGUGGUAAAGUAUUACAUUGGAUGCAUAUUUAAGAUUACCAUUUGUAGAAUUACGCGGCUCAGCUGUACUCGCGAAGGAUCACUCGCAUAGGUGUUAUAGUCCCAUUAAUGUACACCUGUAAAUCCCUCCCUGCAAACAAUAUAUGAACAAUUAAAGGAUUGGUAAAGA